UUCAUCUCCAAUCUCUCUUUAACUAACAUGUUGAAUAAACAAGGUUUCAUGGAGCUGGUGUGGAACAACAACGUUGGAUCACUUGCUAUGAAAGAUGAGGGCACAUCAGAAAGAGCAAGAAGUAAUGAAGAACGUCUAAUCACCGGCCUAAAAUCGAACUACGGAUACGUUGAUCAUGAUCAAGCUGAUAUUCAGUUCCAAAUUGUUCCAGAGAUUCAAAAAGAAGAAGAAAAUUCGGAGAAAGAUUUGACGUUGGUUGUCCCUGAUGAACAUUCUGAAACUGGUGAUCAUCAUAUCAAUGACUUUUCAGAUAGUUCAGAUAAUCAAUAUUAUUUGAGAAACAAGCAUGAUAAGCCAAAGCGGUCUCGUCUCGAGAUCUUCAGUGAUGAUGAAUCAGAGGGGUUCACAAGAGAAGUUCCUACAGUGACAAGAAAAGGUUUCAAGAGAAGAAGAAGUGACGAGACGGUGAGUAACAAGAUGCGUAAGCUACAGAAACUUUUACCCAAUUGUCACAAGGAGGACACAGUUUCUGUUCUCGAUAAGACCAUUGAGUAUAUGAAAGAUCUUCAACUUCAGCUCCAGGUGAUGUCUAUAAUGGGAAUGAAUCCUUAUAUUACUCAGGCGACAUUAAACUUUGAAAUGCACAACUACUUGUUGACGGUGAUGGCUAUGGCUCACGGUAUAAAUCUAGCGAAUCAAACAACGUCGUCGCCGUUAGUUCCGGCGUCGAAUUGGCCGUUGCCACCGUUUAGUAAUCUUUCACUCCUACACACAUCUAAUCAAUCUCUCUUUCCUACAACAGCAUUACCAGCUGCUUCCAGUCACUGUCUUUGCGGUUUGGUUCCUUGUUUCCCAAGUUCUCUUGAUUUUUAUUCCCAUACGAUGGGUGGAAAACUAUAGUAUGUAAGUUGCUAUAGAAAGUUUGUAUGAAACGUUCGUUCAUUAGAAAAAAAAAACAGAAAAACGAAAUAAGACAUGCACAAUGUGAUUUGUAUACUUGGAUCUGGAGUUGACCAAUGUGUUCUAUUCCAGCGAUUAAUUGCACCAAACAUCAUGUACAUUUGAGCUAUUUACAUACUGUUUUGUGUUGCGC